AUGGCUUCUCAAUCACCGCGGAAAGACACUGGCCAUGCGCAGCGCCAACUGCGACCUCCACAGCUCCCUCCUCCAACCACACUACCACUACGAUACUGCUCACACAACGAAGACAGCACACCCAUUGACGAGGAAGAAUGUCUUUUGUCGCUACUAUCACCUAAUCCUGAUGCGAAGAAGAAUAAGGAGCAUUUCAUUUUGGCUACGGCUGAUCCAGCACCGGAGACAACUACUCAACCAGACCAGAAGCGCAAACUGCCACAUUGGAUGCAGGCGCAGGAAGGACUACAACAGCAGAAGCAACGAGGGCAGAGAUAUCACUUGAGACGAGAUGCGAGACAGAUACCCGGUGUACCGAUUAUAUAUGUUAAGCGCUCUGUGAUGAUCCUAGAGCCUAUGAGCGAGCCGUCUAGUAAUAUACGGGAGGGAUUUGAGGAAGGAAAGCUACGAAGUGGAUUUAUAGAGCCUACCACAUCCACUGGAAAGAGGAAGAGAGGUGCAGAAGGGGAGGAGGAAGAGGAUGGAGAUGGAGGAGAGUGGGUGGAAGUCAAGAAAAAGAAGAAAGUCAAGGGAGUAAAUCCGCUGAGCAUGAAGAAGCCAAAGCAGAGGACUCAGACUGUGCAGAAACCGAAGAAGGCUGAUGAAAAUACAGCAAAAGGAGACAGUGAUAGUGAUAAAGGAACAGACGGAGCAAGCGAACAGACAAAAUCGAAGCGGAAACGACGGCAUAAAAAGAAGGCUGAGCCGAUUGACGGAGCUGAGAAGGACAACGAUACCCCAAUUGCAGAUACAGAGAUAUGA